AUGGAGUUUGUUGCAUUAUCUGAAAAAGAGAUGAACGUCGUUGAACAUUUCAGAGAACUUCUCACCAAUAAGGCGGCGGAUUCUGUUGAGGAGGAAUUACGGCCAACAGUAAUCAAUGAAAUCAUGACACACGUAAGAAAGUUGAAAGACGGCGUUGAUGAAGUCAUAACCAGAGUUGAAUCAAGUGAAACAGAAGUUGAGACUUCAUCUGGAAUAACGUACGCAAACAUUCACGCCUGGAGUGUGAAUCCUCCCAUAGAAGAAGACCCUGAAACUUUUCAGGAAUCGGCGAAAUUUCAGACGGAAGCCGAUGUAAUUAUAGAAUAUGACGGAACAGCUCCGGAAGAAAUUUCUGCGGUAUCACUAACAAGUGAAAAUGUUCAACAAGUGCAAACAGUAGAGAUAAUGGAAACCGCAAUGACUAAUGCCAUUAUUCACGAACCGACUGACAACAGUCACGAAGCCUCAGUUCCAAUAGACACUGUAGUUUUAACAGAUCGUUACACAGUCAACUUUUCGACAGUGGUUCAACCUCUCAACGAACACAAUUUAUUCGCAAGUCGGCCUGAGGAACCUCAGACCACAACCGCUCCAGCAUCGACUGUCGAAGAACCGAUUAGGGCGCCUAUCAACGGUAAUGAACAAGAGGAUGCAUCUCAUGAUGCACAAAGUCAAACUCAACCCAAUGCUUUACCGCAACAACCUGUAGAUGGACGCCCAGGAGACCAAGGUCGUCGACACUCUCAUCACCAACGUAAACGACCAUCAAGAUUACAAUCUCAGCGUGGAGAUAGACAUUAUAAUACCCAACCUUUAUCGCCUAGUAGUCAUUCAAACUCUAAUCAGCUACAAGGGCAAGGCAACUUUUCCCAACAAGUUGUUUACCCAGGGGUGAAUAGAAAUUCCAAGAUGGACAGGGUUCACGCAAAGAUGGUGGAUAUCGAGAUGGUGGAUAUCGAGAAGGUGGAUAUCGUGGCUCGGGACGCGGAAAUCCAGCACGAAGUCGAGAUAACAAUGAAACCCGCGCAAAUGUUAGAAAUCGGAGUGGUCAAUAAAUAG